GCGAGACAAGUCGAACAUCAAUCCGGUCCUUUUAUCCAAAAUUUUUCGUGUUUUAGUGAAAAUUUCGGUGAAAAAUGCAGUGAAAACCAUCAAAUUUUAAUGCUGACUUACGUACUGAACUCUGUGAAGAUGAUUUUUCAAUUAAUUUUGUACUCGUUUAGUUUAUUUUCGUUUUUCGUCAACUUUUUCUUCCUGUGUUGUAACUUUUUGAUACCAUGGCUCGCGAUUGGCAUUGUUUUGAUGAUAAUUGCGACGAAAUUCGUCAAGUUGCGGGAUCCGGAUCGCGAAAUAAUCGACGAAUUGCUCGCUUGUAACGCGAAACAGGAAGAAAAUCAAGAUGUGCCAUCAUGUUUGGAGUUUGCCAUCGCCAAUAAGGGUGGUGUCUUCGAUGUGCCAGAAAAUUCAAUUGCUGCCUUAAAACAAUGCUUAGAGAAGAAUUGUCGUAAUGUCUUAUUAGAUCUGAGCUUGACAAAGUGCAAUAAAUUAGUCAUACUGAACAAACAAACGUUGGAAAAGGCAGGAAUUCAGGAACCAAUUCAACAAUUGACCUUAGAUAGCUUAAAGGAAUUCAAUCCCGUGGAAAAUCACGCAUUAGCGCAACAAUUUCAAAGCGAAAAAAUCCUCACGUUAGACGAGUUGUUGGAAAUUAACGUAAAAAUGCACCUAAAAUUGUAUCUUUUGACCACAAAUUGCUCCAAUAAGAUGUUAGAAGCCCUGAAAGAAGCAAUUAGGAAACAUGAAAAAUUCGUAAAGCAAGUUGUGCUGGUAACAACUUCACCUUUUAUCGUGUAUCAACUGAGAAAACAAUUUCCGAACUUGAUUUGUGGCUUGUGGAUGGACAAAACGACGCUCGCAAAGAACUCUUAUCUGUUCAAAACUUCGGCGAUUCUCAUGGCAAUUUAUAUGGCAAUAUUUCGUAACAUCAUCUCACCUGUCAUUGGAAUAAAAGUUGUCAUCAUCCACAAAGAUGAGUUCAAUGCUCACAUUUCCGCCCUUUGGCGCAGCGUUGGAAUCCGCCCAAUUGUCUACACAGUCAACUCUCCGAACGAAAAGCGAUAUUUCCAGCAAGUAGUCAAAACGCAAUACCUAACCGACUCUCUUCGUUCAGAGCCGCAAGUGAUUUUCAAAGCAAAAAUUCGCUAAAAAAAUAUUUUUUUCGAUUCUCGUAGACGAAACGGUAUUCGCAAAAGUAUUAGAUUUUAUUUUUGGAGCAAGAAACGAAUUUAUUUUAUUUUACAAAGAAACAAAAAACGACUUUUUAUCCUUUUUUGUAAGAAUUUCUUUAGAUUUUAAGUAUUUUAAUGUAAAUAACUUUUUUUUUGUAUUUAGUGUUUAGUGUCAUGUGAGAUAUUUUGCAUUUAUUUUGUAUGUAGACGAUCCCUGUCAAUCAUUUUUUAGACUUUAUCUCUUAAAAGUAUACUAUAUAUGUGAAAAAUCGGCCAAAUAUUCCCCCGAACGUUUAAUAUUUAUAUUUUAAUCGACUCAUAUCGUAUAAAUAAUCAGUAUUUAGCUUCAAAGCAGCUAUUAUUCAACUAAAAAAAUUAUUCAAAAUGCUUUAAAAUGACUUUAUGUUCAUAGAAACACCAAAGAAA